GACUUCACAUGUGACAACAGAAGGUCAGUUAUGGCAGCUUGCAGCAAAAGGCUCGACAAAUUCAUCGUUUCCCUGAGGUUGCUACGAAACCUGCAGCUACAGAAUGAACGGUUUCUGUCCACCUCUGUGUGUCGUCUUGCUCCGGACAAUGACAGCAAGCCGCCCAAGUUCGUUCCUCCGUCCAAACCCGUCAUCGUGGAUAAAACGCAGGCUGUGAAAUCCCAACGAAAGUUCCUGAGCCCAGAGUUCAUCCCUCCUAGACAGAGAACGGACCCGCUGAAGUUCUCCAUGGAGAGGAGGGACAUGGUCCGCAGGAGGAAGGUUCUGGACAUCCCAGAGUUCUACGUCGGGAGUAUCCUGGCCGUGUCCAUGGCUGAUCCGAACGCCACGGGCAAAAUCAACCGCUUUGCUGGCAUCUGCAUCCAGAGGGGAGGAAGUGGGCUGGGGGCCACGUUUGUCCUGAGGAACAUCAUCAACAACCAAGGCGUGGAGAUCUGCUACGAGAUGUACAGCCCUCGCAUACAAAAGAUCGAAGUGCUGAAGUGUGAGAAAAGACUGGACGACAACCUGAUGUACCUGAGAGACGCCCUGCCCGAGUACAGCACCGUGGACCCAGAGAUGAAGCCGGUGCCCUUAUCCUCCACUGAAGAGGUGCCUGUGAACAAGCUGAAGGUAAGGAUGCGCCCAAAGCCGUGGUCCAAACGCUGGGAACGGCCCAAGUUCAACAUCCAGGGCAUCCGCUUCGACCUGUGCCUGACCCCGGCCCAGAUGGAGCACGCCCAGAAGUGGGCCGAGCCUUGGCGGGAGUACGACAUGCUGAAGGAGUACGACACCUCCGAGCUGGAGAAGCAGAUCUUCGCCGAAGUCCAGCAGGAAAUGAAAAAGUGAGGAAGAGCUUCUCUGAGUAGCAACCAUCAGCAGACUUCUCCCGGGACGGACUGGUUGAGUUUGCAUGGAUGCGGAGCAGCCGGCGAGAACGUUGUGGCUGCAGGAACCCGUUUGGAUGAACUUACAAGUUGUAUAUAAGAAGGAAAGUGGUCACUGACGUAUCUGUGACAUUAACCACCGUGCUGAGUGGUUUAUCUAAUAAAAGCUGUUAAAAUGUAAA